AUGGCUUUUGUGCUCUUCAAACACCUUGAUAACCGUCCUGUACCAAUCGUGAAACAUGAAAAAAUAGUCGAUGACAAGGCUGAUAGCGGCAUCCGAGGUCUUGUCAGACGGGAGGUGAAGUAUCGAGCACAAGGGACAAGAGAAAAUCGACGAAGGAGGGCUGAAGAUGGAGAAGGUAUCGCGUCCAACGAGGCAGAUAGAACAUUUCGUCAAAAAGGAGAAGAUUCCCAACACAUGCAACUGUCGGUGAUUGACGCAAAUAACAAUGGAAGAGGUACCCGACAUGUGAAGAGUUUUGUGGAGAAAGGAUAUGACGUGAAGUAUGUCACGAUGAAAGGAACAUCGGGGGCAUCGCAGAAUAUUAAAGCGUCAAAGGCGAACCAGAUUGUGAAUUGUUUGGCUGGCUGGCGUAUCUUUGAUGCUUCUGAGCUUGUUGAACCGCCUGUGAAGAUGUUUUAUUUGCUUCCAACAACCAACUGA